AUUACUAGCAACUACCCUGCCACGUUGCGGGUGCUAGACUAUACUUGGGAUAAAGAUAAAAGGCUGACACUCAACAAAGUGCCGGCUUCUAGUUCUUUCGCCCCCCCGGCCCAAUCUCAGAGAAGUGGCCCCGAGUGGGUGCAGGCGAUGAUCGCCAUCGCAGAGCGAGGAUCUGUCUGCUCUGCUAUGCGUCCUCCGUGCCCAACUCUUCCCGAAUCUUUUAACGACAUCGCCGCCCAGCAGAUGCGCUGCCCCAGAGCAGUAACAACGGACGCCCAAUCUGCGCAGGCCUAUGGCCUCCGUAUUGCCUGUCACGUUGCUCAGGUCGAAACGGUUUGGGCGGCUUGGUGUGAUGCAAAUAGCAACUCGGCCGCUGACCACUACCGCAGGGAGAUAGACAAAGCUGCUAGCACCGUCAAGGCGCUCUUCUGGGACUAUAGUGCACCUGUGCACAAGGGAGGCGGUUGGGGGACGUUCUUCCAUCGCGUGCUAGUACGGGUGACAGGUGGCCGCGACGUACCUCGCGAAGAACACAAGACAGCGCGCACCCUGGCGCCUAGCCCGCUCUAUGGUCAAAGCCGACGCUGGCACCCCUACCAAGAACCGGAGCCGAACAGCAGCAGCAGCGGUAAGGGAGUCAAGGAGGGCAGCGACAAGAGGAAGAGCAAGGGAGACAAGAACAACAGCAAAAACGGGAAAGGCGACCACAAGGGCAAGCCGGAAGCAAACAAAGGCGACAGGGGUAAGCCGGAAACGGACAAAGGCGACAGGGGCAAGCUAGGCGCAGGCAAGGGAGACAAAGGCAAAGGAAAGGACGGGAAACCGGUGGGCAAAGGAAAGGGACCACUACCACCACAGCCACCAGCACCAGCCGCGCAGCCACGAGCACAAGCAGCACAGCAGCAACAGCAAGAGGAGGAGGAAGGAGAACCAGCGGAAGAGGAUAGCACUACUGAGGCAAAUGGUCCGGGUUUUGGGGAUAUCUAGACUGAGGACUGCAAUGGUAGCAGUUGCGCCGCG